UGAUUUUAUCUGUUUAUCAGAUUCUAGGCCACCUUUCAACGAAAAAAAUUUCUAUCAUCAAAUCGUUAUAAUCUCGUAAGAAAACCACAUUUAUCAUGGCCAAAAGAUCGAAUAGACGUGCUGUGCGAAAUGAGAAAGAGCAGUUGGGCUGUAUGUGGAGCUUGAUUAGUAUGUCUGACUUCCGCCUUGGGAGAUCGUCUCAGAGACUGCUAUCUGAUAUAAGGCGUGGGAACAAGUAUGCCGGCGGUGUGGGAAAUUCUGGAAAUAAACUUGACAGUUCUGGUGACAAGUGUUCGAGAACUCAUGAUGGUGAAGAGAAAACACAAGCGACCGAUGCAUGUAAGCCGAGUGUGAAGAAACUCAUUGAAGAAGAAAUGUUGGUAAAGCAAGCUGAGAGAAAGGAGUUAAAUAAUUCUGCCGUUGAAGCAAAGCAGUUUGACUCGGUGCAAGGAACCUGUUAUCUGAAGUAUCAUGUCAGGAUAAAUCCGAGCAACAUCAAACUACAAGCAAUCUUGAUAUGGAUGGUCUAA